UCUCCAACCUGUUGAGAGAAAGAAUCCUGCCCUCCUCCACCACAGAUUCCAAAUGCCCAAGUGAUGAAAACCACAGUGAAAUACAAGGAUGGAGAAAAAGUAUCUGUUCUUUGUCAAGACAAUUACAUAAUACAGGACACAGAAGAAAUGGUGUGCAGAGAUGGAAGGUGGCAGUCAUUACCACGCUGCAUUGUGAAAAUUCCAUGUUCCCAGCCCCCUGAGAUAGACCACGGAUCUAUUAAAUUACCCGGAGUGUCAGAAGAAAGGAGAGACAGAGUGGAGUCCAGAAUUCAUGAACAUGGCACUACACUCAGCUAUGUUUGUGAGGAUGGAUUUAGGAUGGCUGAGGAACACGGGGUAACCUGCAACAUGGGAAAGUGGAGUGUUCCACCACGUUGUGUCGAACUUCGUUGUGGACCUCCACCUUCAAUCCGUCAUGGUAUUGUGUCUCAUGAACUAGACAGUUACCAACAUGGAGAAGAGGUGACAUACAAUUGUGCUGAAGGCUUUGGAAUUGAUGGACCAGCAUUGAUUAAAUGUGUAGGAGGAAAGUGGUCCCAGCCACCCACUUGCAUGGUAACAGAUUGUGACAAUUUGCCCAGGUUUGAAAAUGCCAUACCCCAAGAAGAGGAAAAAUAUUCAUAUAGGUCAGGUGAACAAGUGACAUUCACAUGUGCACCUUCUUAUCAUAUGAAUGGGUCCAACAUUGUGACAUGUGUUAAUCGCGAAUGGAUUGGAGAAGUGGUAUGCAAAGAGACGACAUGCAAACCUCCUUAUAUUCCAAAUGGUUUCUACUCACCUCAGAGGAUCAAACACAGAGCUGAUGAUGAAAUCACAUAUGGAUGUAAAGAGGGCUUCUAUCCUGCAACCCAGGAAACAGUCGUAAAGUGUACAAGUACUGGCUGGAUUCCUGCUCCAAGAUGUGGCUUGAAACCUUGUGAUUUUCCACAAAUCAAAAAUGGACGUCUACAUAAUGAAGAGAGAUACAGACCCUACUUCCCAGUACCUGUAGGAAAGCGGUUCCACUACCUCUGCAACAGUGGAUUUGUGACCGCUUCCAGGAGAUACUGGGGCUUCAUUCACUGCACUGCACGAGGGUGGAGGCCUGCAGUUCCGUGCGUCAGGCAAUGUGUUUUCCAUAAAGUGGAGAAUGGGGAAUCUCCAUACAGGCAAAUACCAUAUAGUCAGGGCGAGUCUGCAAAAGUCAAGUGUUACCCUGGCUACAGUCUUCCAAAUGGUCAAGACACAGUUACAUGUACAGAGAACGGCUGGUCACCUCAACUCAAAUGCAUCCGUGUCAAGACAUGUUCAAAGAACGAUAUAGAGAUUGAGAAUGGGUUUCUUUCUGAAUCUGAUCAUACAUACGCUCUAAAUAGAAAAACACACUAUAGGUGCAAACAGGGAUAUGUAACAGCAAAUGGAGAAACAUCAGGAACAAUUACCUGCCUCCAAAAUGGAUGGUCAGCUCAACCCUCAUGUAUCAAGUCUUGUGAUAGGCCUAUAUUUGAGAAUGCUGGAACUAAAAAUAAUAGCACGUGGUUUAAACUCAAUGAUGAAAUAGACUACGAAUGCCAUAUUGGAUAUGAUAACAAAUAUAAACAUACCAAGGGCUCCAUAACAUGUACAUAUGAUGGAUGGUCUGACAUACCUUCAUGUUAUGGUUCAACAGGGAAAUGUGGGCCUCCUCCACCUAUUGACAAUGGAGACAUCACCUCCUUCCCAUUGCCAAUAUAUGCACCAUCAUCAUCAGUUGAAUAUCAGUGCAAGUACUUGUACCAACUGCAGGGCAACAAGAAAAUAACAUGUAGAAAUGGAGAGUGGUCAGAGCCACCAAAAUGUUUACUGAAACCAUGUGAUUUUCCACAAAUCAAAAAUGGAGGUUUAUAUAAUGCAAAGAGCCUCAGACCCUACUUCCCAGCAUCUGUAGGGAAGCAAUUCAGCUAUUACUGUAACAGAGGAUUUACGACUCCUUCGGGGACAUUCUGGGACUACAUUCACUGCACUGUGCAAGGGUGGGAGCCGGAAGUUCCUUGCGUCAAGACAUGUUCAAAGUCAGAUAUUGAAAUUGAGAAUGGAUUUUUUUCUGAAUCUGAUCUUAUAUAUGCUCUAAAUAAAAAAACGCAGUUUAAGUGCAAACAGGGAUAUGUAACGGCAAGUGGAGAAACAUCAGGACCAAUUACCUGUCUCCAAAAUGGAUGGUCAGCUCAACCUUCAUGUAUUAAGUCUUGUGAUAGGCCUAUAUUUGAGAAUUCUGGAACUAAAAGUAAUAGCACCUGGUUUAAACUCAAUGACAAAUUGGACUAUGAAUGCCACACUGGAUAUGAAAACAAACAUAAAGAUACCAAAGGCUCCAUAACAUGUAAUUAUGAUGGAUGGUCUGAUAAACCCUCAUGCUAUGAAAGCGAAUGCAGCAUUCCCUUAAUAGGACCAUACUUAAUUGUCAAUCCCAAGAAAGAACAAUAUAAGGUUGGAGAUUUGUUGGAAUUUUCUUGCCGACCAGGACACAGAGUUGGACCUGAUUCAGUGCAAUGCUACAACUUUGGAUGGUCCCCUAGUUUCCCAACAUGUAAAGGUCAAGUAGGAUCAUGUGAUCAACCUCCUGAAGUCCUCAAUGGAGAAAUUAAGGGAACAAAGAAAGAAGAAUAUGGUCAUGGUGAAGUGGUGGCAUAUGAUUGCAAGCCUAGAUUUACCCUGAAGGGACCCAAUAAAAUCCAGUGUGUUGAUGGGAAGUGGACAACAUUGCCAAUAUGUAUUGAGGAGGAAAAAACAUGUGGAGACAUCCCUGAACUUAAACACGGCUCUGUACAGUUUUCUAACCCACCCUACCACCAUGGAGAUUCAGUGGAGUUCACCUGCUUGGAAACAUUCACAAUGAUUGGAAGCGGGUCAGUUUCAUGCAUUAGUGGAAGGUGGACCCAGCUUCCACAAUGUGUUGCAACAGAUCAACUGAAGAAGUGUAAAGCACCACAGCUAACUUAUGUGGACAGAAUUCAACCCAAUAAGAAAGAAUUUCAUCAUAAUGUUAGCAUGAGUUACAAAUGUAGAGGAAAGAAGGAGUAUAAACACUCAACAUGCAUCAAUGGAAGGUGGGAUCCUGAGCCAACCUGUAGAGGAGCAGAGAAAGAAUUCUGCCCUCCUCCACCACAGAUUCCAAAUGCCCAAGUGAUGCAAACCACAGUGAAAUACCAGGAUGGAGAGAAAGUAUCUGUUCUUUGUCAAGACAAUUACAUAAUACAGGACACAGAAGAAAUGGUGUGCAGAGAUGGGAGGUGGCAGUCAUUACCACGCUGCAUUGAGAAAAUUCCAUGUUCCCAGCCCCCUGAAAUAGACCACGGAUCUAUUAAAUUACCCGGAGUGUCAGAAGAAGGGAGAGACAGAGUGGAGUCCAGAAUUCAUGAGCACGGCACUACACUCAGCUAUGUUUGUGAGGAUGGAUUUAGAAUGGCUGAGGAACACAGAGUAACCUGCAACAUGGGAAAGUGGAGUGCUCCACCUCGUUGUGUCGGACUUCCUUGUGGACCUCCAACUUCAAUCCAACAUGGUAUUGUGUCUAAUGAGCUAGACAGUUACCAACAUGGAGAAGAGGUGACAUACAGUUGUACUGAAGGCUUUGGAAUUGAUGGACCAGCACUGAUUAAAUGUGAAGGAGGAAAGUGGUCCCAGCCACCAGCUUGCAUAAGAACUAAUUGUGACAAUAUUCCCAGGUUUGAAAAUGCCGUACUCAUAGAAAAGGAAAAAAUUUCAUACAGGUCAGGUGAACAAGUGACAUUCAAAUGUGCACCUUCUUAUCAAUUGGAUGGGUCCAACAUUGUGACAUGUGUUAAUCGAAAGUGGAUUGGAGAGCUGGUAUGCAAAGACAAUUCUUGUGUGGAUCCACCACUUGUGAAAAAUGCUACUAUAGUAACAAGGCCCAUGGAUAAAUAUCCACCCAAUGAGAGUGUGCGAUAUGAAUGUAAUAAACCUUUUGAACUAUUUGGGGAAGUAGAAGUGAUGUGUCAAAAUGGGGUUUGGACAGAGCCACCAAAAUGCAAAGAGACAACAGGGAAAUGUGGGCCUCCUCCUCCUAUUGACAAUGGAGACAUCACCUCCUUCCCAUUGCCAAUGUAUGCACCAUUAUCAUCAGUUGAAUAUCAGUGCCAGUCCUUGUACCAACUGCAAGGCAACAAGAAAAUAACAUGUAGAAAUGGAGAGUGGUCAGAGCCACCAAAAUGUUUACAUGCAUGUAUAAUAUUGGAAGAAAUUAUGGAAAGACUUAACAUAAUUUACAGAUGGAGAGAAAACAAAAAGCUUUAUAUCCGAUCAGGAGACUAUGUUGAAUUUCAGUGUAAAUUUGGAUAUAAACAGACAAAAACAUCACCUCCACUCCGUACAAAGUGCGUUGAUGGUCACAUCAAUUAUCCCAGUUGCUCCAAAAACGCUCUUGGUUCAAUAAGUGAAUGAACCUUUGUUUAGAAAUGUGCAUGUCUAUUACUAAUACAGUUUCACUUUAUGUUUGAA